AUGUCAAGUGUAUAUGUGUACAUUUGUUGUGUAUCCGCUAAUAGUACGCAAUGGCUGCAGCUGGAUUGGUUGUACUCUCCUUGCGGCAGUAUUGUUUUUAGCGUCAGGAAGGAGAAGUGCAGAGCGGGUCCGCAGGAUGCCGAAUGCACCGCGCGGUCCUCCGCCCAUAUUAAUAUCGCCUUAUCGCCUGCGAUUCCAUAG